AUGCGAUGCGCGAGCAAGGCCGCCGAGAGCGCGUCUGCACGUCUCUGUGCGGACGCCGAAGCAGAAACUACAGCAACUGAUGUCCCAUCGGUUGCUGAAUCGACUCAGCCUGUAUCACCUGGUGAUGCAGGCGCUGGUCAUGAAGACACUCGUGUCUUCACAGAGUACGAGCUCGGUGUCUCGUACUCUCCUGAUACGGAUGACGGAUCCGUAUCGACGGCAGUUGAAUCCAAGCCGCCUGCCAAGCGUGGCAUGGACGAUGCUUUGCGUCGCAGCAUCUUUGGUUCAUCUGAUGAGUCAGAUGAACCAUCGCCGAAGCGAAGGCGCUCGAGGUCGCGAGACUCGGGCGCUAAUAGUGGUGUCGUUUCUCCAAUGGACACCACUUCACAGCGAGGUGCCAGUACUUCUGUCAUGGAUCACUUGUCGGCGACGACGAGUGAUCGUUAUCGAACACGAUUGUUCGAUUCGUCAAGGAUUCAUCACCUUGACCCCAGCGCGAAAGACUAUCGCGCUGAACAUGAGUUCUUCAUCGAUGCUUUCUUCAGACAUCGAUGGUACAGUGGGAAUCACAAACGUGAUGGUCCCUCACUACUUCAAGCGUGGAACGCCUACAUCCAUAACCUCGAGGAUGUAGGUCGUGACGCUUGGAACGACAAACUUAUCAAAGCUCGUGAUAAGUUUGAAAAGCGAACCCCGACAGGUGCACGCUAUAAGCUGCAUCGUCUGUCUAAGGAGGGUGGGUUACCCUGUCUCUCCUGA